UUUGUGCUUUAUCCUUGCCAAGACAGUUUAGUCCAAACAUUAUCAAUCGUUAUCACUAUUAAAUGUAACAGUGACAAGCAGUGCGCAAGAAAAUCUAUCCAGCGAAAGAUCUUUGCUAUCUAGUUAUUUUGAUACAAAUCACAACCUGAAAUAAACACACGAAAGUCCCCGUAACCAUGAGCAUCAAGGCGGAACUGGAGAACUAUGGAGUGGUGAACCUUGCGUACGUCCCCUAUCCGACGGACGCCGUGGACAACCUCGAAUGGACUGAGGAAGUCUUUUUCAAUCUCCCGGGUCGUCCUGAACGCACAUGCAACGCCCAGUCCUCUCAGCAAGAACCAGUUAAGGAAGAAACAUCAAGACCACUGAGAAAGGAGGAUCGAGAGGAACAGCGUGAGGGAGAUGUGCCUGAUGGUGGUUGGUCCUGGGUGGUGGCCGUGGGUGCUGCCCUCAUAAUGAUGCUGAUCAACGUCGUUGGUCCUUGUUUCAGCAUCAUUUUCUCUCCCUUUCUCCUUGACAUCGGGGCAUCAUCGACGACUAUAGGCUGGAUCUUCAACAUAUUUCAGUUCAUAUUUAGCUUCUCUGGGCCUUUGUUGGGUCCGUUGCUGGCAGAAUUCUCUUGGAGGUCGGUGGCAGUACCAUGCGCGCUGCUUGCCGCUGCCUCGCUUGUGCUGUCAGCCUUCGCCGACUCUGCUGAGUUCCUGAUCUUCUCUUACUCCGUCGUCGGAGGAAUAAGUUGCGGCCUUCUGAAUAACUUGUGUUACGUUAUCAUCCCACACCAUUUCUACAAACGUCGAGGGAUAGCAAAUGCCAUUAUGGUGGUAGGGGUGUCAUGCGGUCCGAUUCUCGGCCCGCUCCUUGUCAGUUUUCUCCAAGAAAAUUUUGGGUUUAAAGGGGCAACACUCAUCACUGGUGCGGUCGUGUUCAAUGCCUGCAUCGGCGCCGCACUCUUCCGCCCUCUACAGGAAAACCGCGGAGACUCUGAAAAGGGCAAAAAUCUAUACAGGCUGAUUUUAAGAGUGACUUGGAGCACUGUCACAGAUAUAAGCGUUCUGAAAUCACCCCGAGCUGCUAUCAUCGCUGUUAGCGGAGCUCUUACUCUCAGCAGCUGGCUAAAUUUCUUAACACUAGUGCCCUUUGCUGUCCAAACGGCAGGUUACUCUUUCCAAGAGGCAGCCUGGUGCGUGACGGCGUCUGCUGUGUGCAACCUAAUAGCAAGUCUAGGAAUCUCUGUCCUGUCUGACUAUCCAUUUUUCAACUUGAGAAUUAGUUGCAUGGUCUGCACUGCCACCAUCGCUGCCUCAACGCUAGCUUUCAGUCUCAUAGAUGAUAUCGUGUUGCUAAUCUUUGUGAUGGGCGCGUGGGGCUUUGGCGUCGGGGGCUACAUGGGGACCUACAACCUUGUGAUCGUGAAGUACAUGGGCAUUGAUAAACUGAUUCCUACUUGCGGAGUUACGUUGAUGUUGGUAGGCCUUUGCUUCAUCACCAGUGGACCGACGAUAGGUCUGAUUCGGGACAUGAGCCAGAGCUACGCGGUUAGUAUGUACGUGCUCUCGGGAAUGGCCUUCGUGUGUUCAGUCUUGUGGAGCUUCAUGCCAGCGGCCGUCCGGUACGACCAACGCAGAGACAACGAACGGAAUGCUGGGGAAUGAAUGGGGUACAUGUUAUGAGAUCUGACUGAAAGGUAGAUAAUGAACUUCAGUGACGUCUUCUCAGAUGAACCUGGCUGUACCUCUAGUAUAGAACAUGUAACUGAUUUAGAAACAACGACUCCUGUUGCUAAGAAACUUUAUCUAUUUCUUCAUCAACUGGUAGAUACUUUUAACAAGAAUCUGU